AGGUAAAGCGUGAGAAGUAGUUAAUUAUAACAGAGGCGAAGGGCACACAAACGGAAAAGUCAAUCCACCAUCACAAGAACAAGAAAAUCCCUAAAUGGCGACGGCGAUGUUCAGAUCUAGUAUUCGCUCCGCCCUCCGUGGCCGCGCUCCUCGUGUAACGCCGGCUCCCAAGAGGACUUUCUCUUCUCACGCCUCCGUCGAAGAAGAGGCCCGGGAAGCUUCUAAAUGGGAGAAAAUCACUUACGUUGCAAUAAUAUCUAGCACUAUUCUUGCAGUGGUUAAUCUCUCCAAGGGUCAUCCUCACAGUGAAGAGCCUCCUGCUUACCCAUACUUGCACAUUCGCAACAAGGAGUUUCCAUGGGGUCCAGAUGGGCUUUUUGAGUCCAAGCACCAUUGAAACUGCACGGUUUCUUUGUGAAGGCAUUUUAAAUAAUUCCUAUCCAUCUGCGAGUAUCAUUGUCACAAAUGUUGUGUUGAAAGCUGUUGAAUUUUUCAUGAGAUGUCUUCCGUUGGAUCUUUUCAGUAUAAGUAUUGCCUUCACUUUGGCGUAUCUGCAUUUGCAGUACACACUUGCUUCUUACAAAGUGUUCUUUAAAGAAAUAAGAAUUGAGAGAUGAUUAAGUCACAUACUAGUUAUUCUUUUCAUCAUAGUUACUCUUAAAUGUCCCAUUCUGAAUGUCUUAAUGCAUUUAUUCAUCUACUUGAGAUAUUAUUGACA